GCGCGGCGCUGCGACACACUCCGACACCAUCCCGCGUUCCCAGGGGGCGGUGGGAAGCGGAAGUGCUCCGCUGACCCGGGAGGGCGGUCCCUAGUUCACACUGGCUGUUGUCAUCGGCCUCUGAGGUUUCAGGCUCUUGGCGGUGAAGGUCAGAGUGCAGACCUGAGAUCACUGCUCACCGACUUCAGACUCCAGUUUAUCUGUGCCCCAGCUUCCUCACUUAGUCUCAGAAGACUUAGGCUGAGGCCUCAGAAGGAGAUCUCCAUCCUUUGUCCAGAGCAGAACAGGAUGGCCAUGUCCCAGGAAUCAUUGACCUUCAAGGAUGUGUUUGUGGACUUCACCCUGGAGGAGUGGCAGCAACUGGACUCUGCCCAGAAGAACCUCUACAGGGAUGUCAUGCUUGAGAACUACAGCCACCUGGUGUCCGUGGGGUAUCUAGUUGCGAAGCCAGAUGUGAUCUUCAGGUUGGGACCAGGUGAAGAGUCCUGGAUGGCAGAUGGGGGGACCCCGGUACGGACCUGUGCAGAUGUAUCCAUUUUUGCCUCAUGUAUUUUGAAGUGCUGUUAUUAGAAGUCUGGCAAGUUGACGAGCAGAUAGAUCACUACAAGGAAAGCCAAGACAAACUUCCGUGGCAAGCUGCAUUCAUAGGCAAGGAAACACUGAAGGAUGAAAGCGGUCAAGAAUCCAGAACAUGUAGAAAAAGCAUUUAUCUGAGCACAGAAUUUGAUUCUCUAAGGCAAAGACUCCCUAAAUAUUAUUCAUGGGAAAAGGCAUUCAAAACAUCAUUUAAACUUUCUUGGUCAAAAUGGAAGCUAUGUAAGAAAGAAAGAUGAUGGAUGUAAAGCAUAUUGGAAAGUAUGCCUCCAUUAUAAUCUUCAUAAAGCUCAACCUGCAGAGAGAUUUUUUGACCCUAAUCAACGAGGGAAAGCCCUCCACCAAAAGCAAGCCCUUAGAAAAAGUCAGAGAAGUCAAACUGGGGAGAAACUCUACAAAUGUACUGAAUGUGGAAAAGUAUUUAUCCAGAAAGCAAACUUAGUUGUACAUCAAAGAACUCACACUGGAGAGAAACCUUAUGAAUGCUGCGAAUGUGCAAAAGCCUUCAGCCAGAAGUCAACCCUCAUAGCACACCAGAGAACUCACACAGGGGAGAAGCCCUAUGAAUGCAGUGAAUGUGGAAAAACCUUUAUCCAGAAGUCAACUCUGAUUAAACAUAAGAAAAUUCAUAUGGAGAGAGACCCUAUAAAUGCAGUGUCUGUGAGAAAGCCUUCAGUAGGAAGUCAACUCUCAUUAAACAUCAGAUAAUUCAUAUGGGAGAAACCUUAUGAAUGUAAUAAAUGUGGGAAAUCUUUUAGUGUUAAAUCAACUCUCAUUGUAUGUCACAGAACAUAAAUGCAUAAGUUGCAUGCUAUUGUGAGUAGUGUGAUGAAAUUUUGCACUGUCCUGCUCUUUCCUGCUCAGGAUGCAAAUCAGUGAAUCUUUUUUUUUUUUUUUUGAGACAGAGUCUUGCUCUGUCAUCCAAACUGGAGUGCAGUGGCACAAUCUUGGCUCACUGCAACCUCCGCCUCUUGGGUUCAACCGAUUCUCCUGCCUCAACCUCCCAAAUAGUUGGGAUUACAGGCACAUGCCACCAUACGCAGCUAAUUUGUAUUUUUAGUAGAGACAGGGUUUCACCAUGUUGGCCAGCCUGGUCUUGAACUCCUGACCUCAAGUGAUCCGCCUGCCUCAGCCUCCCAAAGUGCUGGGAUUACAGGCAUGAGCCACUGCACCCGGCUUGAAUCAUCCUUUUGUCCAGUAUUAUAUCCAUGCUGUAUAUGCUACCCGCCCACUAGUCCCUUAGCUGUCUCAGUUGUCAGAUUGACUGUCAUGGGAUUGCAGUGCUUGCAUUAAAGCUACCCUUAUUGUAUAAUGACCCCAAAGUGCAAGAGUAGUGAUGUUGGCAAUUUGCAUACACCAAAAAUAAGUUAUAAAGUGCUUCCUUAAAGUGAAAUGGUUAAAGUUCUUGACUUAAUAAAGAAAAAAAAUGUAUGCUGAGGUUGUUAAGAUUUACAGUAAGAAUGAAUCUUCUAUCCAAGAAAUUGUGAAGAAGGAAAAAGAAACUUGUGCUAGUUUUGCUGUCACAUCUGAAACUGCAAAAGUUGUGGCCACAGUGCAUCAUAAGUGCUAAGAUGAAAAAGACAUUAAAUUUGCGGAUGGAAGGCGUGAAUAGAAAUGGGUUCUGACAGCAAUCAGGUUCGGUACUAUUCACAGUUUCAGACAUCCGCUAGGGAUCUUGGAACAUAUCCCCCAUGGAUAAGGGAGGAGUACUGUACCUUGUCAUAUUGUGCAUUAAAGAAUUCAUUGAGUGGAAUCA